UCUAAUAACGUUUGUUCGAUUUCUGGAAGGAAGCGUGAAAAAAUUUUUGAAAUAAAAUCUUCAGAGAGCGACAACUUCUAUAAGAGACGCUUAUAUUAUUUUAAUAAAAUGGACAAAAAUAAUUUCAAAGACAAAAGAAAGAAAGAUGGCAAGAAGGAUUUUAAUGACGAUCUCAGAAAAUGUAAAACUGUCAACUGCCCAAACAAACCAGGCAUUCCCGAUGUUAGUAGACACAGAAGCCAUGUUAAAAUUGUUGGCAGGUUAGGGCUGACCAAUGACGACAGAUAUGUGUUGAAUUGUGCUGCUACGAUAGAUGAUAGACCAAUUCUUACGAAUAUUACUCAAGAUGAGCCGAUAAGGAACAAACGUAGUGAACAACCAAUGGAAUCCCAAGGCAUUCAAGUGAAUUUACUUCAAGAUUCAGAAAAUAAAAAAAGAUACGGGCCCAUGAAAAAUAAGUAUAGUCAAUGUGUAUGUACUGGCGGAAUACUUAAAUCGGAAAACGAAACUGCUAAAGGAUUUCAAACUCCCAUUGUCGUCAUUUCUGUGUAUCCCAAAGAAAGCGGGAGUGAUGGUCAUAUGGUCAGAGUUGAAGAAAGACAAAUGUCUCCUAUGGAAAAAAUGGAAGUCCAACAAAAAGUAUCAAGCAAGGAUAAAAAAUCAACAUCUCAAAGGCUAGCAUCGGCAAAGGAAGUAUUCUCAAUUAACAAAGAGUAUCUAAGAGAACCUAACAAAAGUAAAAUGUUUAAAAACAAUCCGAAAAGUGUAUCUCCAAAUCGUUUUUCAAACUCUACUAGAAAUCACAUUCCUCUUGGAAGCUCUAGAACAGACGUAUUUAGUAAAAGAAGUAAAGCAAAAUUAUCCAAAACACUAUACCAAAGUAGACAAGAUACGGAAACAAGUGGAGGCCAAAAAAAUUUAGACACAAAUCGAAAUUUGGCAAAGAAAGCUUUAGUCGACAAUUAUAUAAAUAAACUGGAAACUGAAGAAGCUAAAAAUAAUAGAGCCAUAGCGAAACAUAAAUACACCGCACCAAAAAAUAAAGCUUCAAAGGUCACUGUGAAUAUUGAUGGAGAAUCCGAACGUUAUAAUUUACUUUUUAAACAUGAUAGACAAAAUACAGAUUUUUCAGUAAGAAAGACUGUUAAAUCAAAGAAGAAUGCACACAUUGCCUCUAUGGAAAAUUUAUUAAUUUUAACAGAUGACACUAAAAUCCCUGCUUCUGGAUCGUUAUCAUACUCAGCCAAUUCACCCAAUCCAAGUAAAGCAGAAAAAAAUCUAGAUAAAAGAUCUUCCAACUUAUAUGUUCGAGACAGUAUAGAAGUUUUUCAUGGACGAACGAGCUCUGGCAACUCAAAACAAAAAAUGGCAGAAAAAAAUAACAGCAAUCCGAUUGAAAAUAAUUAUGAAGGACGGGCUAAGCAUUACCGUGGUGACCCGUGCGUGAUUCCAGAUCCUUCUGAAAGAGACAAGGAGAUAAGGCAGUUGUUGGGUAUUUUAACGGGGCGAAACUUAAACGAGCCGAAACGAAAUUCUCGACUAUCUCAGGAAACCUUUGUUGUAAAAAACUGCGAAGAAUGCUGCAUCGAAAACGAAUGCAAAAAGAAAGUAAAACUAAGUAGCAGUUUAGCAAAACUAUUCCCACAAAAAUUGAUAUCAAAACUACAAUGUAAAUCAAAGGCUGAUUUAAAGCACUCCGAAACAAAAUAUUAUGAAUUGAACGACAUUGUUCCAAUAAAAACAAAACUUAGAACAGGAGAUGGUCAACCAACAAAUUGUGGAGUCACAGAGCACGACAGAUUAUGUACAAACCAUUCCAACCAUUCCAAGUCGAAUAAUAAUGUUAUUUACAACAAUAGAAAUGUAGAAAGUGGAAAUGAUGCCAAUCUUAUUCUAAAUAGAAAUAUAAAUGUUUUUUUAGAAGUAGAACAGUUUACAAAACAAAAACCUAUAAUGUUGACUCGAAAACAAUAUAAUAAAGUUAAGAGAACGAUACAAAAUGCUGUAUGUAAAAAGUUUAGCAAUGAGAGAAGAAAAGCUAAUUACUAUAGUAGCGUUACAAUUGGAGAAGUAAGAAUAAAAUCUAAAUUUCCAAGAGUUUUACGAUUAAGCAAGGAGACGCAAACUGAUAGUAUUAAAAACAUCAGCUCUGAUAUGUUAUCUGAAAAGUAUAUUGAAUCUAAAUGUUCAUUUAACUGGGAUAUAGACAUUGAAAAGAAAAAUGAAUUGAGCGAAUCGACAACAGAGGAAAAUCAAAAUGCUCAGUUAUUGAGUAAGCCAAGAAACAUCGUUUCGUCGAUGGAGGUCCGAUAUGCUAGCGUAUCACUAAUGAAGCAUGUUACUUAUUCGUCACUUGCGUGUUAUAAUGAUAAUUCGAUUUUUGUGGAACAAAAGGAUUCAAACUCAAUUCAUACUAUUUUUAAAGGUCACAAGAAGUCAGUGACACCAAACCUCGGGACAUCUGCAUAUUCUUUGUACUCCAGCAAUAGUAACCGUACAAGCCUAAGCCAACGAUCUGAAUUGAUCGACUCAAAAAAGAAGCCGCUACUGCAGCGUUUGGUGUCGUGUCUUAUAAUGAGAUCAAAAGUGUCAGCAAUAAAAAUAGGCAAACCACCUCAUAAGCAACCAACUAAGAAUAGCUCAAUUAACUCGUAUAAUAUCAACACAUCUUUCGCGGUAGGCAAAGAAUAAUUUAAUUUUGAUACCUAGUUACGUCCGCCUUACCGCUUAUAUAACACUGUGUUAGGUAU